AUGCCUCCAAACGGCCUCCAAAAUGGCAAUCCUAUAUCUGCAACCUACGGCGAGACGCCCACAGCUUCAAAUAUCUUCGAAUCCUCCUCCCUAGCGUCCAUUCGCGCAUCCCUCUCCGCCCUCCACUCCCGCGAUGCAGCAAUCACGUCCCGUCUGCAGACCCUCAUAUCCUCCCAGGCUGAUCUGUCCCGAGAAUUGGGAAGGCUAGAUUUGCUGCGCGCACAUCUAGGGACCCAGGUCAUACAUACGAGAGACAUUAGCAAUGGCAUGCUUGAUUCUGCCGCAGGGACAGCUUCCCAUCUCUCUAGCAAGGUGAAAGAGCUUGACUUGGAGAAGAAACGAGUUGAAGAAACUCUUGGGGUAGUAGAGCAGGUUUCGGAACUCAAGGCAUGCGUUCAAGGAGUUGUGGGCUCCAUGGGCGCACCACAAGAUUGGGAAGCUGCAGCAGGAUACAUUGCACGAGCAUCUAAGAUCCCCACACCUAUUGUCGAGGGCAAUUUCGCGGCGAGGAUAGUCCCAAGUGUAGAAGUUCCAGAUGCGCCUGGGAUUACGAUUGAGAAUGCAAAGGAGAGUCUUUGUGGUCUAUUUCUGAGGGAAUUCGAAAAAGCCGCUGAAGAUGGCGAUGGGACCAAGGUCACAAGGUUCUUUAAGCUGUUUCCGCUUAUUGGGAGAGAGGAGACUGGACUCGAAGUCUAUGGCAGAUAUGUAUGUCAGGGUGUAGCUGCAAGGGCGAGGACCAGUUUGCGAGAGGGAACGAAAGGCAGCGCGGGCAAGGACGGCUUCUUCUAUGCGAAUGCUCUAACGAGGUUAUUCGAACACAUCGCACAGAUUGUGGAAGGGCAUGGUGGACUUGUUGAGAGACAUUAUGGGGAAGGGAAGAUGGUCAAGGUCAUCGAACGAUUGCAGGUCGAGGCAGAUGUUCAGGGUGGAAUCAUAUUGGAUAUGUGGGGAGAUGAGAGACAUGUGGAUAGGAGAUUGAUGGAUGUUAAGAGCUACCCUUUCUCCUUCCUAGUGCAAAGCUUCACUGCUGCGCCAAGAAGCACGGGUGUGUUGAGGACGAGUUCGCCUGCCGUUGGUGGAGGGACAAAUGGGCGAGUUAGCGAAGAUGAAGGCGUCGAUAUGAAGGAAAUUGAUGGGUUAUUGAGCGAGACCGCCGUGAUGUUGGGAAGAUGGUCAUUAUAUUCUCGAUUCUUAGGGGGCAAGUGCAGAGAAAAAGAUCCGAAGCCCGAGGAGCCGCUGCUUAUGCCUGAAUUACUUGUCAAAUCUGCUUUGGGGAGAAAGAUUGCAGCUCGGCUCACCUCGCCUUUCAACGAGAUGACCACUUUCUUCCUGCGGCGGUCUGUAGAAAAGGCAUUUCAACUCGACGAGUCGCCAUCAGGAUUGUCACUCGAUCCUCACAAACCCCUUGGAGGAAAUCCUCCUUUCAUCAUAUCUGCAGUUGACGAUGUCAUGUAUAUCGUGAAUACUGUUCUCCAACGCUCGCUCUCAACAUCAUCACGAGAUGUCGUGGCCUCGGUCAUCCCCACCACUGGCCGCGUGCUCGGUUCAGAGUUCAUAGGCAUGAUCCAGAGAAAGAUGCGAGAUGAAUCCUACCCGAAAGCGAUUGUCCAGGGAGGCCUCCCUCCUGAGAACAAGAUCAUAGAGUUCUUAGUUCUCAUAAAUUCCCUCGAUGUUGCAAACGAUUACGUAUCGCGUAUUGUCACUGCCCGCAUCACCCCUCCGGAGCCACCUCACGGAGGGAAAGCUCCAAAUUCCCUUGUCGAAAUGUUCCCAUUCAACAGCGAUGCCACCUUUGUCACGCAUGCGCUACAAAAUCUCCAAAUCAGUUUUGCAUCAAAAACUUCGGAGCUAUUAUCAGACGGAUUGCAUGUUAUGUUUGACCGGGUUAUCAAGCUUCGGCUUCGACCAGUCAUAGUCGAAAUCUUCCGAGACGUUGACUAUUCUCUCACGGAAGAAGACCUAGCUGAAAUUGCAAGAAACAACGACACCGAUGACGACCCUGAAACCUUGAAUGACCUCGUUGAACGAAGAUUCGAACAUAGUUGGGAAGCACUCAUGAAGCCCGUACAACGAAUUAUGACGGCCAAGACCUUCUCAUCACUUCUCGACCAGACCGCGAAAUAUCUUUCGAGAAAUUUCGAAAAGCGAGUUUGGAACUUUGCAGGGCGGCUGAAUGGCCUUGGAGCCCAGAGAAUGGAGCGAGAUUUCUCGGGGAUCAUUGGUGUAAUUGCCAGAGGCGGCAGAUAUGGCGUGAGAGAUGCCUUCGCAAGAGUAGCGCAGAUCUGCAUGUUGGUCAACAUGGAAGAUGAGGAAUGGGAAGCACUCAAUGAAGCAGAGCAGGAGGGAGAAGAAGAAAUGGCAUGGGUGUUGAGUGAGGACGAAAGACGACGAGCAAGAGCAUUGGUCAGAGGCUGA